AUGGCCUCGCUAAGUGACAACGGUGACAACGGCACACAGCUGCGAACUCUGUCUCUGAGACGAGAUGAGCAAGUUCUCCAGCAACCGUCGCUUGAGGGUCACGAAGAGAACGACGACGGCCCCGGCCUCGAUCAAGUUGACCGUGGCCGUGCAGCGUGGAGGAUGCUCCUCUCCGCCUUCAUCUUCGAGUCCCUACUUUGGGGCUUCCCACUAUCGUUCGGGGUGUUCCAGAACUACUAUUCCCAACUGCCCGAAUACGCCAACCAGCCCUACGUCUCGGUCAUCGGGACCGUCGCCUCAGGCAUCUCAUACAUGGGCGCCCCGAUCAUCAUCCCGUUCCUUAAGCGCACGGGCAAAUACCGUGUCUACAUGAUAUGGGUCGGAUGGAGCAUCUGCAUCCUCGGCAUCCUAGCGAGCUCCUUCGCCCGCACACUGCCCACCGUCAUCUUCACCCAGGGCGUCAUGUAUGGCGUGGGUUUCACUGUCUUCUACUACCCCAUCAUCGGCAUGGUGAAUGAGUACUGGGUAGCGAGACGGGGCAUGGCGUACGGAGUGCUGUGCAGUGCGUCUGGUUUCUCCGGGAUCUUUAUGCCGCUGACGCUCGAGGCGUUACUGAAACGAUUCGGGCUCCCAACGACGCUGAGGGCCGUGGCGGUCGGGUUGGCUGUCUGCACGGGCCCACUGAUCCCGUUGUUGAAGGCUAGGAAGCAGCCGGCGAGGGCGGUAGGGGAGAGGGAUACUUCGGGUCCCCGUGCUACUGAGGUUAGGGACGACUCGGUGCCAGAAUCGACGACGGACUGGGGUUUCCUGCGCGUCCCGCUGUUCUGGAUCUACACGGUGUCGAACCUGAUGCAGGGGCUGGGCUAUUUCUUCCCGGCGCUGUAUCUCCCCUCGUACGCGACGGCCCUGGGUAUGAGCGCCACGCAAGGCGCACUCUUGCUAUCCAUCAUGAGCGUGUCCCAGGUCCUCGGCCAGCUGAGCUUCGGCUACCUCUCGGACCGCCGUUUCUCCGUCAACGUCUUGACCUUGACUUCCACGUCCGUCACGGCCAUUGCAGUUCUAACCUUAUGGGGUCUGGCACGGAAGUUUCCUGUUCUUUGUGUCUUCACUAUGAUCUAUGGAUUUUUCGGAGCCGGCUAUACGGCAAUGUGGGCGCGCAUGGGGACGGCCGUCACGAGCGAUGGUACUGCCGCAUUUGCUGCUUUUGGGUUGUUCAACUUUGGCAAGGGGUUAGGAAACGUUCUCGCUGGGCCAAUCAGUGGUGGUCUUUUGCUCAAUUCCGUCGACACGGUCAAGUACGGCGCUGGCAGAUAUAAGGCUGUUAUCCUCUUUGCUGGAUCGUGCAUGCUGGCAAGCGCAGCGAGUGCAACGGCGUCUUAUUUUCGGCCUUGGAAGGCUUCUACUGCACGUCACUAA